AUGUCAGCAGAAGAAUUUAAAGCCCAAGGUAACCAAUACUUCGCAGCUAAGGAUUUCACCAAAGCUAUUGAGUAUUUUACAAAAGCCAUUGAGGCAUCACCAACACCAAAUCAUGUUUUGUAUUCCAAUAGGUCAGCAUCGUAUGCAUCGUUGAAGAAUUUCAAAAAGGCUUUAGAAGAUGCUGAAGAAUGUGUCAAGGUUAACGAUUCAUGGGCUAAGGGAUAUAAUCGUGUCGCCUCUGCCCAACACGGAUUAGGUAACUUAGAUGAAGCUAAAACUUCGUAUAAGAAGGCAUUAGAAUUAGACUCGAACAAUGCCAUGGCCAAGGAUGGAUUAAAGAGUGUCGAAGAUAGUGAGAGAUCUAGAAACUCCCAGCCUGAUAUGGGCUUAGGAGCUAUGUUCUCUGAUCCUAACUUGAUUACGAACUUGAAGAAUAACCCAAAGACUAGUGAAUUGAUGAAGGACCCAGAAUUAGUUCAAAAGGUUGUUAACAUGCAAACGAAUCCACAAGCGAACGCAACCCAGUUUUUGAGUGACCCAAGAUUGAUGACCAUUAUGGCCACCUUGAUGGGUAUUGACAUGGAUGCUCCUGAACCACCACAACAACAACAGCCUUCUCAAUCGGCCCCAAAGUCUGAAACAAAACAAGAGCCAAAGUCUGAACCAAAGAAAGAGUCUGCUCCAGAACCAAAGGAUGUUGAAAUGGAAGAUGUAUCAUCUUCGUCUAAGGCCGAUGCUGAUGCUGCAAAAGCGGAAGGUAAUAAGUUGUACAAACUGAAAAAAUUCGAUGAAGCAAUUGAACAAUACAAUAAGGCUUGGGAAUCGCAUAAUGACAUUACUUACUUGAACAAUCGUGCUGCUGCAGAAUAUGAAAAGGGUGAUUAUGAUACUGCCAUUAAAACUUGCGAAACUGCUAUUGAACAAGGUAGGGAGGUAAGAGCUGAUUAUAAGCUUAUUGCUAAGUCUUUUGCAAGAUUAGGAAAUACCUACUUGAAAAAGAACGAUUUACAGUCUGCUGUUAAGUACUUUGAUAAAUCUUUGACUGAACAUAGAACCCCUGAUAUUUUGAAUAAAUUAAGAGCUACUCAAAGAGAUAUAAAGAUUCAAGAAGCAUUAAGCUAUGUUGAUCCAGAAAAAGCUGAAGAAGCUAGAUUACAAGGUAAGGAAUACUUUACUAAAGGUGAUUGGCCUAACGCGGUGAAAGCUUAUACUGAAAUGGUUAAGAGAGCUCCUGAAGAUGCAAGAGGUUAUUCUAACAGAGCUGCAGCAUUAGCUAAAUUAAUGUCGUUCCCUGAUGCUGUUCAAGAUUGUAACAAAGCUAUUGAAAAGGAUCCAUCGUUUAUCAGAGCUUAUAUUAGAAAGGCUAAUGCCCAAUUGGCUAUGAGAGAAUAUUCUCAAGUUAUGGAGACCUUAAAUAUUGCUAGAGAAAAGGAUUUAGAAGUUGGUGAAGGUAAGAAUGUUUCUGAAAUUGACCAAUUAUUUAACAAGGCUCUGUCACAAAGAUUCCAAGCCCUCGAAGGCGAAACACCGGAACAAACUAUGGAAAGAGUUUCAAGGGAUCCUGAAAUUGUUGGUAUUUUACAAGACCCUGUUAUGCAAGGUAUUUUAGGGCAAGCAAGAGAAAACCCUGCUGCUUUACAAGACCACAUGAGAAAUCCAGAGGUUAGUAAGAAGAUUAAUAUGUUAAUAGCUGCUGGUGUAAUUCGUACCAGAUAA